CCCAAAUCCCAACUACAAACCCUCCCAACCCCCCCUCAAUCCCUCUAUUGCCUCAGGGACCAUUCUCUUCAUUCACAAAACAUUUUGCUACUACAGAAGCUUCAAUUUCACUAACAAUGACUCGAUCACAACAACGAUUCCGGGGCGUUAGGCAGAGGCAUUGGGGCUCGUGGGUGUCCGAAAUUCGUCACCCUUUAUUGAAGACUAGAAUUUGGCUAGGCACGUUCGAGACCGCAGAAGAUGCAGCUAGAGCAUACGAUGAAGCAGCCAGGCUAAUGUGCGGUCCAAGGGCUAGAACCAACUUCCCUUACAAUCCCAAUGUGUCACAUUCAUGUUCCUCCAAGCUUCUUUCAGCCACAUUGAAAGCAAAAUUGCACAAAUGCUACAUCGCUUCACUUCAAAUCACCAAACAAUCAAUGCAACACGCACAAAGAGUUCCUCUGGCAAUAGGCAAUGUUAAUGAAACCAGAUUUUGGUCACCGGAAAAUAAGUCGAUGGUGUCAACGACUCCGAACGAAGAAACGAAUUGGGUUGUCAAGAAGGAAGUACAAGUGGUGGAGAGCUCCUGCACACAACAGUGGAUCAAGCCACUUGAAGAAGACCAUAUAGAGCAAAUGAUUGAAGAACUUCUUGAUAAUGGAUCUGUUGAGCUCUGCUCUGUUGUGCCAUCCCAGGAUAUGCAAACUAGUUCAAGCCUAGUUGUAUAAAGUGGUGGCAAGUACAAAACGGGACUAUAAUUUCUUAUUUUAGUCUAGACUUUAGAGAGGUUAUAAAGGGAAAAGAAUUAAUGUGGUUCUCUUUCACUUUCAUAAAUUUCCCCUACUGUCUCUCAGUUUGCUAAUUUAACCCUAUUUAAUUCUGCUAUAUAUCCAAUUCUCUAUAUUUGUAUUAGGAUUUAGGUCUUCUCAAGUAGUCUGGCUCAUUGACAAGUGAUAGUGAAGCUUGAACUAAAGA